GCGCGCGCGCGCCGAUCUUCGCUGCUGCUGUCGCCGCGAUCCACGGGGCUGCGUCCUUUCCACGCCGCGGUCUGAGCGCGAGCUCUAGCCGAGCGACUCUUUGAGGGGGAGGGAGGCUGACCCUCCCCUACGAAGACCUCUUUCCCCUUCAGCGCUCGCUUGCCGAGACUUCGGCAUUAGCCGCAAACCUGAUCCUUCCUCCCAGGCACACACAUACCCAAACCCCACUCGAGGGCGGGCCUGAACCUUCCCUUUCUCACACAAGCUUACCUCUCCACUUCCGCUGGGAUAGUCUCUGCACGAGCCCCAGGGCAGGCACGCAGCCGUACGGCUAGGGGCCCGAGCUCGGAAGGGUCCCCGAGGCUGAGCUCUGCGGGAACCGCGGCGAGAUGCUGUGCGGGAAGUGGAGCCUCGUGGCGGAAAUGGUCCUGUUCAUCGAAGACCUGGAGGAAGAUUUAAAAAUCCUCUGCCUCUGCUCGAGGGCGUUUGUGGAAGAUCGAAAAUUGUACUACUUAGGAUUAAAGGGGUUCUAUGUUAAAGACAAUGAUACCAGUAAUACAGAACAAGCCACAGAAGAGAGGGAAUAUAAUUCCCAUGGACUGGUAGAAUCGGAGAAUGGAAGUGCUUUGAGAUCAGAUGACAUUGAACUAGAUUCAGAAGCGGAACUUAUGAGAAGUAUGGGGCUACCCCUUCAAUUUGGAGGCUUAUCUGCUCACAAGAAUUUUGAGGUAUCCAUGAAUUCCAGAAAUAAAAAAACUAAAUUUAAAAAGAAAAAGAAAAAAUCUCAAAAGAAAUACUCAGAUGAAAUUCUACAAGAAUCCUGGAAAGAGAUUCAUGAAGAUGAUGACCACUUAAUAUCAGAUGAUUCAUCUUUAGCUUUUGAGCAAUAUGAAGAGACCAAAACAUGUGAACUUCAAAAUGAGAAAGAAGUAGAAGAUGGAAAAUUAUCUACUGAAAAUGUAUCAUCUCCAAAAUUAGAGAUUACAGAGAAAUGGCAAAAGUAUUGGAGUGAGUAUGGAGAAGGAUUGUUAUGGCAGAGCUGGCAAGAAAAUCACCCAAGUGAAAUAUUGUCUACUGAACCUUGGAAUUCUCCUGAGACAAAGGAAAAAUGGGAACAGCAUUAUAGUCAUGUUUACUGGUAUUAUUUGGAACAGUUUCAAUAUUGGGAAGGUCAGGGAUGGACUUUCGAUUGUUCACAAAGUUGUGAUAUGGAUAAUUGUAUGUCCAAAAUAGAAAUGGAUAAGAAAGAUAAUAGUAACAUUACAAGGGGAUCAUUAUUGGACUUCGUUUCUGUAACUAAAAGGAGUGAGGACAUUUAUAAAGAAAGUACAAAUGAUAAGCAUCAUGAGGAAAUACUUGAUGGAAUUAGCAAUAUAAAUCUGAAUUCAGUGGAAUUAGAGAAUGACAGCUUAAACUUGGCUGUAAAUUGUGGUGAUUACCAAUGUCUGGGUGAAGUUAACAGUGAACAACGGAGAACUCUUUCCAAUGAAUGUGAACCAUGUGAUGGAUCAACCAAGAAAAGGAAUUUGUCAGGAAAUAAAAGUGCCGGCCAAGCAGAUUCACAGGAGACUUCUGGAACGAGUCCAAACAAAGAAGUGUCAUAUAGCAACAAUAAGGAUGGAGAUGAGAGUGAGGAGGAGCCACCUGAAUACAAACCAGCUAAAUUGAAGAGAAGCCAUGAACUAGAUAUUGAGGAAAAUCCAAUUGUGGACUUUGACGACAGUGGUUCUCUCUUGGGAUUCCAGCAUGGUUCAGGACAAAAGAAUUCCAUUAUAGGGGAUAUAUACUUUAAGAACUUGUUUAAAAAGUCUAUUCAAAGAUAUGGUGGAAUUUCAAAUUUUAGUCGUCGAAAAGUUAAGUACAUACAGAAAGAUGUGAAACAUAAAACACAAUUUCUAGACAUGCGCAGACAAGUAAAUGCAAAAAACAAACAUAUCUUCUUUCCUGAAGAGUCAGAAAGAUCGUCUUCCCGGAAGAGUAAGACUUUGAGUAAGGUGGAAAAAUUCCUCAAAUGGGUUAAUGAACCAGUGGAGGAGAUACCAUCACAGGACCCUCAAGAUGAUGCACAAGAGACUUGUACAAGCAGUGAUUCAGAAGAACAAGAAAGAUCUGUUAAAAAAAAAUAUGAUGACCCUUUUGAGAUCAGUAAUCUGGAACCUGAAAAGUGUGAUGUAUCUUCUUCAAACAAUGAAUUUGAAAUGGAAAAAAAUAAAGAAGACAACAAAACAACUGUAACAGAACAGAAAUGUGUUUCUGAAAGGCAACUGAUUACUCUAGAUAUUCCAGAUUAUCUGCAAGUAGAAACAGAUGUUGAAGCAAAGAAGAAGAAAAAGAAAAGCAAGAAAAAGAACAAAACUCAAAAUCCCCUUCCUCCAGAGAUUGCUGCUGUUCCUGAGCUGGCCAAGUAUUGGGCACAACGAUAUAGAUUAUUCUCACGUUUUGAUGAUGGGAUCAAAUUGGACAAAGAGGGCUGGUUUUCAGUUACACCUGAGAAGAUUGCUGAACACAUUGCUGGGCGUGUCCAGCUGUCCUUCAACUGUGACAUUAUAGUGGAUGCAUUUUGUGGAGUUGGAGGCAAUGCCAUUCAGUUUGCCUUAACAGGAAAAAGAGUGAUUGCCAUUGAUAUUGAUCCAACUAAAAUUGAUCUUGCUCAUAACAAUGCAGAAGUAUAUGGAGUCGCAGAUAAGAUAGAGUUCAUCUGUGGAGACUUCAUGCUGUUGGCCUCAGAUUUAAAGGCAGACGUCGUAUUUCUCAGUCCUCCUUGGGGAGGGCCUGACUAUGCUACUGCAGAAACCUUUGAUAUUAGAACCAUGAUGUCUCCAGAUGGAUUUGAAAUUUUCAGGCUGUCUCAGAUGAUCACAAACAAUAUUGUAUAUUUCCUUCCAAGAAAUGCUGAUAUUGACCAGGUGGCAUCUUUAGCUGGACCUGGAGGACAAGUUGAAAUAGAGCAAAACUUUCUUAACAAUAAAUUGAAGACAAUCACAGCUUAUUUUGGUGAUUUGAUUCGAAGAACAGCAUCUGAAAUACCAGUUAAAAAUGACUUAAAAGAAGGAAACAUAGAGUAGCAGCUAAAUUAUCAUUCCAGUCAAACAACUUCCAUUUUAUUCCUCUAUCCAUCAUGAAUUCUUUUUGGCAACCAGGAGUCUAUUUCUACCAUAUAAAAUAGGGUUUGACUUUUUUUACGUGCUGUUGUCAUUAAUAAUUUUGAGAUAACUUAGUAAAUACUGAGAAUUCAUUGGAAUCUUCUUAAUGUAAAGAAGGUCGAUUUGCCUGUGUACCUCACAGAUAUAUACUUACAGUAUGUUUAAGUGUUUUUGUCUGCUUUUGUUUAGCAGCCUUUUAUUUUUUUAAUUAGUAUUUUAAAUGCAGUGUUGAAAAUCUGAUUUUUUUUUUGUUACUACAGGUUUUUUUAAAGGUUUUUUUUUUUUUUUUUUGGAGGGGGUUAAUUACACUGACCAGAAAAACUGAUUUUAUUACUUAAAUUGUGUCAAGAUGCCCAUUCAUAAGCAAGUGAAAAUUAUCUUUAAAUCAGUUGAUUAAAAUGUAAAAUGUUGGUGGGUUGAGGGAGAAUAUUUUAAAUAAUGGAAGUAUUGCUGUAUCCUAAUAUUUCAAUGUCAACUUUUCAAACAUCUUCCAAUUAUAAAUAAAAUAUUCCAUCUAUAA